GCAAACCUUUCAAAUCAAAAUUCCUCCAAAAUAUUUCUCUUCGGCACCUCGAAUAACUGGACCAAGGUGGUUCCAAAUAAAUCACGUGAAGCUUGUCCGUCGACGUAACGCGUCAAUGACGAUUAGUGAUGACGUUACAGCAGCCGCAUAAGUGUACACUAUAAUUGGAAUACAAGUUUUUCAAAGACUGAAGGUGACGCGCCAAAACGAGGGAAUGACCAGCCUCGCAAAUGAGCGUAAAACGGUCCAAAAUCGAAGUGGGUGCUCUUACAGAGUGUGAGCUUCAGCAGUUAUACAAGGCUUUGUUGAUCGGCUCGUGCCGGUUAGAUCCUAGAGACCCCGUCCAGUUCCUGAAAAAUACCCUCAUCAGCUUCCAAGGACAUGACAGUCUGCAGAAUGUGGACUGGAACAAGUUUCUUAGCGAUAGUGCGCAGCGGUCACUGCUUGCCCAUCUGGAUUUGGAUGAUGACACGGAAUUUCUGGACUCCGAUCAAAUCAAGGUGAUGUGCGCCAGUCAAAAGUCUAGUCCGGUGCCAUGUUGCGGUUUCUCCAACGUGUACUUUAUCAUCUUUUAGGCCAUUUUCCGGAAGUACGAGAAGGCAUAUUCCUGUUACAGGAGGAAAUUGAUGAGGAAAUGUUUCAAGAGCUGGAAGGAUUUCACCAAUGCCAGCGUGUCGGAUGCCUCCGAACUUGCAGAAAAGACAGAAAUUGCACUCAUACAUCAUGAGAAACGAAAGAAGGUGGUGCCUUUCCUUGCAUGGAUGCGCUGGGUCAAGUUCAAGAAGGAGUCUCGGGUUGAGGCGGUACGUAAGUUGGUGGGCGUUCUGACAGCCUGUGUCCUCAAACGUGUCAUAACAGCUUGGAAGAAUGUUGUAAGGGACUCGCAGAGGACCAAAGAUUACUUCAAGAAGCUGCAGAAUGAACUGGAGAUGGAACGCAACCAAAGCCAGCUUGGGGAUGGAUGUGACUGGCUCUCAUGCCUGCCCAACCACAUCUCACUGAAGAUCUUUCAGCAUCUGGACCUACGAGACUUGCUGAGCUGUUCGGAAGUGUGCUGCAGUUGGAAAAGUCUUAUCCAUUCGGCCACCCUUUGGAGUAGGGUCAACGUCUCGGUGGAUAAACGUUGGAUAACAGACGACAUCAUGAAGGAUGUCCUGCUGAAUUUCCGUCCGUUUGUGAUCCACUUAAACCUCCGUGCCUGCAACUCCUUAGAAUGGUCCAGUUUGCAACAUAUUGGCGAAUGCAAAAAUCUCCAAGAGCUCAACGUGUCUGAGUGUUUUAAUAUCACGGACGCCAUGAUUAGGUCAUUCGUGGAAGGCUGCAACUCUUUGCUGUACUUGAACCUUUCCAGUACCCUCUUAACAGAUGCCACCCUUAGAGAGCUAGCCAGCAACUGUAUCAACCUUCAGUACCUGAGCUUGGCCUACUGCCACAAAAUGACAGACGAAGGUUUUCAGUACCUGAGUUUAGGAAGAGGCUGCCACAAUCUUCUCCACCUGGACUUGUCUGGCUGCAAUCAGGUGACGGAGACGGGCUACAGUUACAUCUCGGAAGCGUGCCCUUAUCUGAGGGAGAUUCUGCUCAACGACGUGUACGACCUGUCGGAUAACUGCAUCUGUGCCCUGAUGGCUAAUUGCCAAAAUUUGUCAUCCAUCUCUCUGCUGGAGGCCUGGCAACUCUCCGACGCUGGCAUCAAAGCCAUUGCUGAAGUUGCCAAACUUAAGAGUUUCAGUCUGGAAGGUAACAACCACGUGAGCCACAUCAGCUGGAAGGCGCUGUGCUGCAGCUCGCGAGGCCUGCGCAGGCUGCACGUCGUCGAGUGCCACAAGAUGGGCGACACUGCCCUCAAGUCGGUGGCCGGCCUACGAAGCUUGCAGUACCUGGACAUAUCGCUUUGUAGCAAAGUGACUGAUAAGGGCAUUUUUAGUCUGGCGGAAAGCACCUCGGCCAACAAACUGCGAGAGCUCAAUGUCAGUUACUGCUGUCAGAUCACUGAUGCCGCCAUCACCGUGAUUGGCCACAGGUUUACCAAGCUGUCCCAUCUGAACCUGAGCUACUGCGAGCAGCUUACCGACGUCGCUUUGGAGUCUCUAAUGGGCAGCUCCAUCACCUCUCUGGACAUCAGCGGCUGUAACAUUCAAGACGACGGCCUGGCUGCUCUCGAGGAGGUUCCAUUGACAAGGUUGAUUAUCGCCGAAUGUAUCAACAUCACAGAUAUUGGUAUAGAGAAUCUGUGCAAGUACGUGACUGAUCUGGAGUACGUGGACGUUUCUGGGUGUUUGGAAUUGUCCGAUAUGGCCAUUAAAGCCUUUUCGUUUUACUGCAGAGGUCUAUUCACACUGCGGAUGGCGGGCUGUCCAAAGAUAACAGACAUGGCAAUGCAGUGCCUUUCCCACGGAUCAGCUCAAUACCUGCGAGCGCUAGACGUGAGCGGUUGCUCACUCACCGAUCGUUCCAUCAGAUACAUCGAGAGGCUCAUCCCUCCGCUCUCAUCCAUCACCAUGCACGGCUGCGAGCGCAUCUCCGAGGAGGCUGCCAUGAGGCUGCAGCCAUAUAUGCAGCAUUGGGAGUACAGCAACGAACAAACAAAGUUGUGGCUGCGAUAAAGCAAACUGCGCGCACAGCAGAUAUCCUCUUAUUUAGCUGUUUCCUAGUUGAAAUGAUGAAUUUUGUCAUUACAAUAUAGUAUGUGGUGUUGACAUUCCGGUGUGAAAAAACUGCUGUGCAGUGAAGAGUAUUGAUAGCAUUUUACAACAAUUUUUAUUGGGUUAUCAUUGGACAUUGAUGAAGUAGACAACCUACCGACUGAGCUAGCGGAGCUCUCAGAUAUGAUAAGAUGGAAGAUUUUCAUUGGGAAGCGUUGGAAAGAAUGGUGGAAUUUCCCUCGGAGGAAUAAAUAAAGCACAGCUCAAGUUCUACAAAGUGAGCUAGCAUAGUUCCUUGGACAGAACAAAAAUCCGAAAGAUUUGAAUGAAUACAACAUUCAGAUGCCCAACGUGGGACUUGAACACACAACCCUGAGAUUGAAGUCUCAUGUUCUACCGAGCUGGAUUAAAAUGAAGGUUUCCAUUGGACAGUGUUGAAAAGUCUGAGAAAUUCAUGUGGAAAACAGCAGAAUAAACCUUGGGAAGGCUGAACAAAGCAUGACACCCAACAUUGGGGUCAUGCCUUCAACCCUGUGGUCACCUUGACUGCCAUUGACAGCAAUGGAUGUCCAGUCAAAAUGGUUUGGAUGGCCAUUCCCGUCAGUGCACUGAAACAUGAACAUUCACUGCAUGUGUGUGCACUUUAAAUCAUGUUUUCAUACCUCAAGUUAAAUGUCACUUAAUUCCCAUUGUUAGGGAAUGUUCAGUGUAAAUAUGAACAAUGUUACUGUAAUAAAUACUUGUAUUUUUAUUAAAUACACAUUUGAUAGCACAGAAGUGUAAUUUUUUUUUCAGUCUCUCCAAUGGCUUAAUGUAUGAGGUACACUUUUUUGUUUUGUGACGCUUCUGUGCAACCAUGAUAUAACUU